ACUGAAGCUAACGUUACCCUUUCCUUCCCGUGUACUUGCUGCAGAACUCGUCCAAGGGCCGCCGAAGACACUCGCGCAAAACGGAACCUGAAAGCGAGGAGUCAGAUUCGGACCCAGAUCAGUUAACGUCGAGCAGAACCGAAUCGUCCAAUCAGCUGGACGCGAAGAUGAAGCACAGUCUAAUUUAUCACGGCACGCAAUCGAGCACAUCGUCCGAUUUAUCGCCGAUGUCCGAACAAAGUCGUUACCUCGGCGUGGCCGUUCAAGUCAAAGUCAAACGCACCACAUCUACAUGUACAGGGGUACGAUGCGAUCACUGCUCGACACCGCUCCAUCUGCCGAGUCACGGUCGUAACAGCACCGCGGCGGCCUGUUCAACAUCAAAGGUCCCAGAUCAAAGUCACACCGGAUCGGAUCUAGGACAUCCGAUUACUCGAUCGCCGUGUAAGCUGUGUCGCGCUUUCGGAUCUCGGGUUAAAGAAUCCAACAGGUCGGGUUCUUAA